GUCGAUGGAGCCGUGAGCUCGGUACCUCGAAGCCGCUACUCCUCGCACGUCGCCCCCGCUCUCAGCUGUUAUCUGAGGAGAAAUGGCCGCUGCCCUGUCCCGUGCCCUCAAACUGCCCGGGAAAAAGGGCUCGGAGCUCGGGGAGUAUGAUCCACUCACCCAGGCGGACAGCGAGGACGAGAGUGAAGAGGACGACCUCGUGCUCAACUACCCCCGAAAUGGCCUUGGCAGGGACGGCGGCGUGGGCGGGGGCUCCUCCAAGACCCGGGGCAGCAGGUCCGGGAGACUGGUGAGGGUCGAGGUGGAGGCGCAGGACGAGGAGGAGGAUGAGUGGAGGGAGCGGCUCCCCGGAAAAUCCAGGAAGAGCAGGAAUGACACCAAGGGCGCGCAGCACUGGAGCCACAUGGACCCGGACAGGGGGGGCAUCGGGGAGGACAGAGGGGGCCACAGGCCGCUCGGGGGCGGUGGAUUAGGCGUCCACAGUGCCGAUGCGGAAGAGAAGAGGAUGAGGAUGAGGCACGCUGUUCGGAGCGCGUUCUUCCUGGUGCCCCUGCUCUGUGCCACGCUGCUCGUGCUGCUGUGCGCUUUCCUGAUUCCUUGCCAAAAGGGAGAACUGGAAAAGAAACUGCAGUGGGAGAGAGCUUUAGGAGACGCAGGAGGUGUCACUCCACCCGCGUUGGCCUUGUGGGAUCUGGACGGAGACUCGGUGGAGGAUGUGAUUCUGGGUGUUACUGCGUGGAGCAAUGACACCCGGACUGUGCAAGGGAACAAAAUCUACAGCGCGGUGGCGGUGUCCGCCGUCAGCGGCCAGGAGCUGUGGAGGAAAGUGAUGAGCGAGUCCGUCAUGUCCGUCCAGUGUGGCCUGCAGUACAGCGCCGCGCCGUCGCCCGUUUGCCUGCUCAUCGGCAAAUCCAUCAUCAUGGCCGUCAACGGCACGACAGGGAAGAAGCUGUGGCAUGUCCCGCUGAAGAACAUUGAAUCUCAGGCAGUGUUGCUUCCAGACCUUCAGGAAGACUCGGUCCCGGACCUGCUUGUAGCCACGCUGCCUGCAGACGAGUCUUUAGAUCUCUCCCUGACUUUGAUUUCUGGACUGACGGGGGCGAUUCUGGGACACCCGGUGCCUUUCAACCUCAGCGGACAAGGAAAGCUGAUCGGUCCUAUGCUGCAUGAGACGCAUCAGGGAGCGUACUACAUCGUCUUUGGACUCGGGAAUGUGGAGGCCAUCUCUCUGCGAGACGUCUACUCUCGCGCCACGGGCAAAAUGCCCAUCGCUCAGGCGCUCAGAAGGAGGGAUCCGGGCUGGGAGGGACUGAAGAAAAACAAUUCCUCUCCCUUCGUACACAUCUACAGAGGGUCUGACGGUGUGGACUUCCUGCUCCCCCUUGUGGCUGGUUUUGGAAACAACCGCAACAGCCUGGACACAGCCUCCAACCUGAACUCCACCAGGAGCGACUGGGUGCUGGUGUCCGGCUCCAGCAAGCUGUCUGUCCUCAGACAGAGGGACCGCCGAAAAGGGUGGACCUUCAACUUAGGUCCAGUUCACAUUCAGCCAGCGCCGGGUCAUUUCAACGAAGACGGGAUCCUUGAUGUUUUCAGUCAGUCUUCAGAAAAUUAUGUCAUGAAGGCUCAGAUCGUAGACGGUGCGAACGGGCAGCUCCUCUGGUCGGCUGAGUUCGUGUGUCCUCGUCUCGUCUUGGAAACAUCCACAAUCUCCACCUCGACCGGCCAAUCGGCUUUCCUGUUCUGGGCCAGCGAACCAAUCAGAGCGCGGAGCAACGCUACCAAGACAACAAUGGCACCAGGUGUUGCAGCAGCACAGCCGCUCAUCAGAAAACUGUUCCUGCUGCAUCCUGUGUAUCCCACAAUCCUGCUGGAGCUCAGCAGCACCACAGACACGGCCGUCACGUCUGCAGUGAGUUACCUGGAGCACCUGAAGGACGCCACCUACAUCACCGUGUCGUCGCGGCCCACGCCCGAUUCGGAGCCCGGAGCCCGGAUAGUGAAGAGCAUGAGCCUCAGAGCCGCCAUCGCCAGCGGGCAGAUCGUCAGGCUCGGAGAAAGCGGCAAGGCGGGGUCACCGCUGAAACCCAGCGUGUUUGAGAUCAACAAGUUCUUCAGGCGUCUGUCCUUCAAACGCCAGUGACGAGCUGCCGACGUCGCUGUCGCCAGUAAACUGGUGUCAGGAUGAAAAGGGUGAAGGCUGCAGACACCUCUGCUCACUAGAAUCACUGCAAAUCAUUUCAAGCUGUUUACAUGCGGAUACAUUGUUUGAGUUUUAUCUGUGUUCACUGAGAAAGAGACUUAUGUGUGUGUAACCAAUGUAUUGCUUUUGUUUACAUUUGUACAAUUAAGGUACUUAUUUAAAUUAUUUAUUUAGCACCUAGGCAUUACAAUAUUUAAUUUAACUUUUAUAGUUGUUCGGACGCAGUGGCCGAGAUGUAACUUAACAUUAUAGUUCUGCACAGUAACAGUGAUGGAGAAACAUGUCAGUGCAUCACUCUCCUGCAGGCAUGGACUGAAUAAUGAAAAAUCUAAACGGGCAGCUGUGUCGGGGAACGUAUCCUGGAAUGAAAUGCAUAAAAUUCAAACUCACUGACAAGUUGAUGCAUGUUCGCAACAGUUCUGCUUUGGGUUGUUAUCAUAAGCAAGUCUUUUUUCACUGUAUUAUUCUCAGCAAAAAUCAAACAUUAAGAAAACCUGCGGCAAAAGAUCAAGUUAUCACUGAGACACAAUAAUUUUAAACUCGACUAAUUUUACUCAUUAUUGUGGGAGGUAACUCUUUAGUCAUCGUCAUAUUUCUGUUUUAAUGUUUACAGACUAAGAUGCACUACCAACCUGCAGAGAGACUUGGUAAAGGUGAAAUGCUCAUAAAACAACAGCUGGAAAUCUUUAAUGUUGCUGUUUGGAAACGUGGUGUAAUAAUCAAGGACUGCAGCCAUUGUAUUUGCAUCAUAACUUCCAAACAGUGUAUGUUUUACUUUAUUCUGUACUACCUGUAACUGCAGCGUGUAUCACUUUAUAGCUAAUAUUCACCAUUCUCACAGGAGACGCAGCAUCGAUUAACAACAGACACAAAACAACCACAUUGAGACAGAGAAACAAGCAAAGGGACACAGAAAAUAAUGUGAAUGUGACAAAACUAAAUAUGGGAAAUGGCAAAGCAGACGCAGAUCAUGUUUUGUGUGAGUUGUGGUUUUGUGUGUGUGUGUGUGUGUGUGUGUGUGUUGUUGUUUUUUUUUAUCUAAGCCCAGCGCUCAGUUUUAUUUGUGAUCAAUUCAUGAUUUCAAGGUCAGUAUUUUCAUGUAAUCUAAUUUCUGCUAAGGGACAACAUAAAUAGGGAAUAUGUAAAUAAUGAAAGCUGUACAGUAUUUAUUGACUCACUUUGCCUUUUGGGUUUCUUAGAAGACCUUGUUAACAGAAAAGUUGUCAGACUGUUAUGAGUCCACAGCCUGAAUUCCGUAAAGGUUGGGACGAUAUGUGAACUGGAAAUGAACGACGCACCUCUAUCCUUCUUUUGUAAGAAUGUUACCAAACAGCCGAGACACGGGGAACUCAAACUAAAUUCCAAAAAAUAACAAAUGACUGGUUCAGGAGGAGGAAGGUAGUUUUGACUCGUUUGGGCUCUGGAUUCAGUUGGUGUAAAAAUGUUUCUCCUGUUUUAUUGUGUUGUUGGAUUUGUUGCUCCACCCCAACUUAUUUUUUUCUUUUUUAGAUAAAGUCAAAGAAAGAGGUGAAAACUUUCAUGAGAUGGGCAAUUGUCAAACUCUAAACCAGGGGUGUCAAACAUCAGGCCUGUGUAUUUUGUGCUCUACUAUGAAUAAAUCAUGUGU